AUGGGGCUUCUUACUCCCAUUGACAUCGCCGAUGAUGCUACCAUUCUUGCCCUUAUUAUUAAAGGGGGGAUCAUAGUAGCUGCCGGUUCUCCAGUUUGUAUGGGAAGUUCUUCAGCAUCUCAACCUGUGAAGAAAAUUAUCGAAAUUAAUCAAUAUACGCUUGUCACUGUGUCUGGAGGAGUUACUGGAGGAGUUGCAAGAGAUCUCUAUGACAAGUGCCGGCAGUAUGAAUUGGAAAAUAAGAGAAGGAUUUCAAUUGAAGUAGCGUCAGAACUACUUGCACAAAUUUCAUACUCCUAUGGUGAAAUGGGGUUACCUGUUGCGACCAUUAUUGCGGGAUGGGAUGAGAUGGGUCCUGGUCUUUAUCAUGUCGACAACAGGGUGUAUGGAACAAUGACGGGCACCCGUUUCUGUGUUGGAUCCGGGUCACCGCCUGCUUAUGGUGAAGUGGACAGGGGGUACUGCUACUCCAUGUCAAUUGAUGAAGCUGCAGAAUUGGCCCGACGAGCAAUUUAUCAUGCAACAUGUCGUGAUGGGGCUGCUGGCGGAGAUGCUAGCGUUUAUUAUGUGGGACCAAAUGGAUGGGAGAAAUUGUCCGGUGAUGAUAUUGUGGAACGUCAAAACCACUCCUUUCCCAUCACUCUGAACUCAAUGACUCCUACUGCUCACAACUCUGCUUUGGAUCCAGAUUCAGAUUCCCCUGACAACUCGAACCACAAGUUUGCUCAAUUCGGAGCUGGUCCCUUUUGGGGAGCGGAGCCUCGCUUUCAACGAUUGGCUGGUGUCAUUAAGACCGAAGUUGGAUACUCUCAAGGUCAUGUUCCAGAUCCGGACUACAUGUUGGUACACUCUGGGACCACUAACCACGUAGAGGUUGUUCGGGUCCAGUUUGACCCACAAGUGUGUUCCUACACAGAUCUUCUCUCCUGCUUUUGGUCUUGCCACGAUUCCACACCCGUCAAUUACGAAGGAAUUGCUGUGAAAACACAAUAUAGAUCAGGGAUAUACUACUAUAAUGAAACACAGGCUGAUUUAGCAAAGGAAUUAAAGGAAUCUAAAGAGAGAGAAGUAAAUAAAAAGAUAGCGACGGAGAUUCUUCCAGCAAAAAGAUUUUUCAUGGCGGAGGAAUACCACCAGCAAUGCAUCAAGAAAUUAUUUAGCGGCUUUGGCAGUGCUAGCCUCAAAAAAAUCUGGUCCGGAGAUGCAUAA